AAAAAAAAAAAAAAGAGCGAACAACUUAGGGCUCUGUUAUCAUUCGUCUCAUGUGUUAACCACAACUUUACUGGAAGUGUCCUUACCUGGAGCCCCGGUGUCUUGGACUAGAACGUGCGUAAGGGGUCUUCAACAGGCUUGAAGCCUCUGCUGGACGACAAGGGCGAACCAGACUAGACCGGAGCAGGAUGAUUCACUGGGGCAGUGAGUCAAUCACGCACAGCUAUAAAAGAGAGAUUCCUGUGUGAGUUUCUCAAUAUGCACAUCAACACACCAGAGAAAGAUGCAGUCUUCCCUGAUCUUUUUUUUCUUAAUAACUGCCCUGGUGGCUAUUGGCGUCAGCCGACCCACAGCUACAGAGGAGAGGAUCCGAAUCAUGGCCCGAACCAUCAUCACCAGAAUUAAAAAAAUUAAAAAUGAGCACUUCCAGAUGUCUCCAGAGAUUGAUUUUGGCCCGGACAUCGACACCCCCAUCGAUGGUCUCACUUCUGUCUCCGUUCACUUGAGCUACCUCCAGCUGAGGCUGCGAGUGCCUCCUGCCCUGCACUUACAGCAGGUCCAAGUGGACUUGGAAACUCUCCUAAGAACGCUGGAGGGGCUGGCCAUUUCACAGGGAUGCCCCCUUCCCAACCCUGAGACCCCAGCGCACAAAGAUGAAACGGCCUUCCCUGUCACUUCAAACUACCUGUACCUCCUGGAGCUCCAGAGGUACCUUGAGAAGCUCUGCCUGAAUAUGGACAAACUGAAAUGGUGCAAAGACACGGAUGUGGCUGAGACGUUUCUAUUUUAACAUCUGUAAGCCGCGCUGCUUUACUUCUAUGCACAACUCUCAAAAAUGCACACGCAAGGACUAGUUCUCUAAAUUAUUUAACUUAUUGCACUUGAUUAGUUCUAUUGAUUUGUUUAUGUUUGUGCUGUGUUUUACACUAAAUCGUUCUAUUUUCUAAGCUAAAUUGUAAUAUUUAAGCACAGGAUGAUGUUUUGUAUUAUGAUAGAGCGCCACGAAAUUUGAACUUGCCUGAAGUUGUUUGUGUUAUUUACUACGUCACUGUGAUGGUACGCACUUGGAUUUUUACAUUUUUUUAAAACAAUAAAUUAUCUUUUAAAAAAAACGCUCUACAUAACCAUUUUUUAUACGCAGGAGAGAGAGAAUGAGAGAGAAAGAGUUUUAUCCUUUCACUUUAAAUAAGCCUAAUCCUGUAUUAUUUUAAAAAGGCACUGCAUGAGAGAGAUUACUUUUAUUUUUUCACGGCAAAUGAUAUUUAUUAUGAAAUUUGUUCAGUCGAAUGUUUUAGUUCUGAUCGUGAAGACAUGUUACAGUAGCAUCAACUGCUUGACUGGUAAAAAUAAAGUCAUCUAAUUUAGACUGGUAAUAACUGGUAAUCUUUUUUCUUUCUUUUUUUUAAGUCAGUUACUCAAAAAUAAGGUCUAAUUUGAAAAAU